GGCACUGUCGGUGCGUGGGAAAUGCCAAUGGGAUGAAAUCAAAACUCAGCGGCCGGGUGGAAAAUUGCCCAGCCUGGCACCCCAGUAGCUCGCCACAUUCCCGGGCCGCCGGGAAGUGCUGGGUGCACGCACGCGCGCCUGCGCGGCUUGAGAACGCGCGCUCACGCCCCUGGGCCGCUCCGCCGCACAGCUCGGGAGGAGCCUUCGGGCCCUAUAGGCCUGGAAUUCUGGGCACGCUCCCGAUGGGAAUUGACUAUCCUUGCGGCCAGGACGGCAUAGGACACCGCACCGAGUGGGGCAAGGCUCAAGAUAUACUUCCUGAUUUUCAAACUAAAUAGAAGAUCCCUGGGAGGAAUGAAGUAUGAAACUCCACACACAGGAGCUACUCAAUAAACCUUUACCAAAGACGAGAAAGAAUUCCCUGAAGACUUCACUAAUAUAAUGGUGUUUGACUAAAAAUUCUCUUUGAGAAGACACUCACGAUAUCCAACAUGAGUGACAUUGAACAGGCAGAAGCCCAGCUGUCUGAGUUAGACCUGUUGGCCAGUAUGUUCCCAGGUGAGAACGAGUUCAUUGUGAAUGACCAGCUGGCUUUAGCAGAACUGAAAGACUGUAUUGAGAAGAAGACAACGGAGGGACGAUCUUCAAAAGUUUACUUUACUAUCAAUGUGAACCUGGAUGUAUCUGAGGAAUCAACGACGAUGUUUUCUCUGGCUUGUAUUCUUCCCUUUAAAUACCCUGCAGUUCUACCUGAAAUUACUGUCAGAUCAGUAUUAUUAAGUAGAUCACAGCAGACUCAGCUAAACACAGAUCUGAACAUUUACUUGCAAAAGAAUUAUCUUGGAGAUGUCUGUAUACUGAAUGCCACAGAGUGGGUUAGAGAACACGCCAGUGAGUACGUCAGCAGAAAUGCCACACCUGCCCCCACUGCUGGAAAUACAGUGCGGCCAGAAGAUCUCAUUCUUACAAGACUCUGGAUCUAUAGCCAUCACAUCUACAACAAAUGCAAAAGAAAGAAUAUUUUAGAGUGGGCAAAGGAGCUUUCCCUGUCUGGGUUUAGCAUGCCUGGGAAACCUGGUGUUGUUUGUGUGGAAGGCCCACAAAGCGCCUGUGAGGAAUUCUGGUCAAGAGUCAGAAAACUAAACUGGAAGAGAAUUUUAAUUCGGCAUCGAGAAGACAUUCCUUUGGAUGGGACAGAUGAUGAAAUGGAAAGUCGAAGAAAAUUUUCAAAUUUUGAGGAAAAGGUGUUCAAUGUUAAUGGAGCCAGAGGAAACCAUAUGGACUUUGGUCAGCUGUAUCAAUUUUUAAAUUCCAGAGGAUGUGGGGAUGUUUUUCAGAUGUUUUUUGGUGUGGAAGGACAAUGACUGAGCAGAAUAGUGGAAAACAUUUUUUGUUGUUGGCCUUUCAACUUUAUUCUCAUUUUCUAGAAAGAGUAACUAGAUUUACUUUUGUCCCAUCUUAGAAUGCAAAGCACUGUUCUUUAUAAGAAUUGUAUCUAUGUAAGAAAAGCAUGUGACAAAUGUCAUCAUUGAAAGCAGAACUGAGUUCAAAUUAUAAUCCUAAAAUCACUGGUACUUUUUGACAUAAAAAUGACUAAUUUUGAACAAAAAAAUU